AAAAGUUAUAUCUGGCCAAAUGAACAUGAAUGCGCCAUACUGUGCUGAACUCAUCAUUUGUACGGAGCACUACAACAGUCGUUCCAUCAUUUUUGACAGUAAAGCUGUUUUGUUUUUAAUUCGUGAAAUUGGUGUAUCUACGUAAAUAAUAGCCCCGACUGUUGUUCCAGGAAACAGACAUAAAAAAGCAGCACUCAUUAAAUAAAAUAUCCUGCGCAGCGGUAAAUCGCACGGGUAACUUCUGCCAGCUCUACACAGAUACCCGCUGUACUAUGGAUUCGACGACUGAAGACUCCGCUGCAACGGGUAGUGCGUGUAUAAACUUUCUGGAUCUUCCCGAUUGCAUGAUAGAGCAUGUGUUGGAAUAUUUAACAUACGACGAGAUAGCGAAGAAGCGCAUCGUUUGUCGAAAAAUCGAUCGCAUCUGCCAAUCGUUGCUAAACCGAGGCUUCAUCAAGAUGAUCCGAAAACACAACAUGAAUCUGAAAGCGAUCAAAUCUCAGCUGCCUCGGCGUGAAUCGGAACGGCGGAACCAUCCACUAUCGAAGCAUUCCGACAUACUGACGUGCAUCGAGACGCGCAUCUCCAUGCUGUCCAUGACGUACUCGAAGUUUAUCGAAAAGGAGCUAUGCUGUUUCAUACCGGGCAAGGUGAUUGACGAAGUGCUCAACAUUCUGGGGCUUAUCGAGAACACAUCGCGGCCCCUUCGGGCGCACGAGGUGCUCCAGGAGCUGCGUGACAUUUCCUCCAUGGCGAUCGAACAUUUCGACGAAAACAUUGCGCACCGGCUGAAGAAGAUUAUCGGCGUGCAGCAUCAUCCCAAACUAGGGAGCCACCACAAUUUACCAUUUCCAGCGGCUAGUUUCAUACAGCACGAAGUCAUGUUGCCAUGCGAUGUGAAUGGGGAAAAGUUUAUGAUACCCACAUUAACGCCCAUCUCGCCGCAAACCCAGAAGGUGCUACCGACGUCAUCCUCAGCAUCAUCAUCCUCUUCCUCCGGUACGCUCGGUGGAUUGUACUGCCAGAGUUCGUACAAUGCGAGCUGCGAGAACAACACGUCGAUCGCGCGGAUUAAUCACAAAACGCGCAAGAUGCGUUACGACAUUAAUCGGAUCGAUCAUACGAUCUCUUCGUUCAAGGCUGAAAUGCGCAGCAUGCGCUUAAUGCUGGUACGCUGCGGUGCCGAGAUAAAGGAGCUGCGCCGCCGGUUGGAAGAAUCCGAAACGAAAAAUUUGGAACUGCUCGCAAAUAUAAAUCAGCUCGGAUUUGGUGCACCGUCCGUUGGGGCAGAACCAAGUGGGGCUUCUAGUACGACGGCAACGAUCAAACAAUGCAACAUUAAACCUCGCACAUGCACCACCAGUAUGCUGAAGCGCUUGUAUACGGACACAGAAUCUCAAUCGUCCAGUUCCACUGUUGUGCCACCAUCGUCGGAAGCAAGCGAAACGGACAAAGAAACCCAGGAACAGGAAUCGACGGGUGGAUCUUGUUCUGCCAAGCGAGUUAAGCUAAGCGAUUAGGCAAACAGCUCUUCGCCCGUGUGCUUGGCAACCCUUUUUCAUCUUGCAUUCUUACUUAUUCAUGUACUAUCGCUUUUCCUGCCGUAAACCAUUUGGUUCGAUGAAAAGAUCCCAUAUUUCUCGAAAGUAUCGUACGCAGUAUGUCCCGGUGGGCCUUUUAGGGUGUGGCAAUAUGUAUACUAACUCUAGCUGGUAAGAAACGUUUCGGAUAGACCCACCCAAAAGUAGCUCACCAGACCCUGGUACUGGUUCAAAAUAUGCAACUCUACCUACCAUACCACGUAGAGAAAACCCGCACACCAACGGCAGUACGUUGACGUUAGCACUACGAAUACGAUACUGCGUAGAAUUAGUAUUUAAAUGCUUUCCUUUUACGUACGAAUUUUUCUUCGUAGUAUAGAUUAAAUCCAUGCAUACUAUAUACGAAUUUAAAUCAACAUACUGAUUGCUUUGCGUAUCGUUUUGGUGUACAUAAGACGUCUUCUUGGCUGCAGGAACACCGGAACCAGAUUUUCGAUGUUUGCGUGAUGUUACGGAAUGAAAUAAAAUUGAAACUUCAUCAAGUAAA